AUGAAUAAUACAGCAGAAAAAUUAUGUGAUAUAUUUAAUGCCUAGCUUACUGAACUUGAAUCAAAUAUUAUUACAAGUGCUAUAAAAUUUAUUUCACAACCUUAACGUUUGCUUGAAGUAAAUCAUUAAACUAAAUUGCAAUUAGGAUUUAGAAUAAUCAAUAACUGAUUUCAAAACAAAAUUUUAUGAAUCUUUACAUAAUUUAUUGUUAUUUUUUGGAUAACUUAAUAAUGGAUAGGAUAUCUUAAAAACAGCUUAAUAAAUACAAACUCAUAUAAUGAAAUAUAAAUAAUAAUAACUUUUUAUUUAAAUGAAAGCUAGUUUAAGUGUUAAAUUAAAAGCACUUCUUGAAACAUUUUGUGGAGAAAAUAAACAAAAAUUAGAAGUAUUUUAUAUCAUUCUUAUUUUAAGGUAUACAAUUAAAUUAAAUCAUUAUAAGAUUCUUUAAUGAAAAUUGAAUUAACUUUACUUGAAUAAAAAUAAAUAAUAUCUCCUUCACAAUAUUAUUAUAUAACACCUCAUCCUAAAAAGAAUUUUAUACAAACAUCUUCAAAAAAUAAUCUAACACCUAAUCUAAGUGAUGAGGCUGAAUUGAAAGGAAAAGGUGUUUUCAUUACACCAGAAAAUAGAUAAUAACAACCUAGCCAAUUUGAUCAUACUCAUUAGUAAUAUUAUACUAAUGAAAGUUGUUCUGUUGUUUAAAAUAAAACCUUAAAUUCAUUUAAUAAAGAUAAAUCAGAAAAUAAAACAGAUUUAUAAAGUCCCAUGUUUGGAUUCUAAACAUAGACAGUUUAAAAUGAUAUGCUCAAUUAACUAACAUUUAAAUGCUAAUUAGAAUAAAAUAUUUUUAAUACAUAAGUAGAAAAUUAAUCAAUUGAUCAAUCUACUAAAAUCUUUUAAUAAACCUUUUAAAAUAUAGAAUAACUAUAAACUCCUAGAAUAGAAUAGUUAGAUAAUCCUUUAGAAAAUGAUCAAAUUAAAACAAGAAAUUAAUCAGUUGAACCAAAUAUUAGAGAAAACUCAUAAUCACCAAAUACAUAAAGAUUAAUAUAAACUUCAAAAUCUAAAGAAUCUUUUUCAAGAUGCAGAUUAUCUUUUGAUACUACAAAUCUACUUUCAAGAUUAAAUUAAGUUGAAGCUUCUAAACAUGUAAAUAAGUUUAAUAAAUCAAACAAAGAAAAUUUAUAAAAUUAAAACACUAAAUAAUUAAGAUACAAUAAACCUAUAAGUUUGCAAAAACAAAAAGGACAGGUUAUUACUAAAGCAUUUUCAUAAUAAAAUUUGUCUAAGAAAUAAAAAUCAAACUGA